CCGACUUCCGGCCGGGCCGCCAUCUCGUCGUGAGACAGCACUAGCCGUGCCGCGCGAUGUCGUCCGCAGUCUCGCCCUGGGGUUGCGGCGGGCAGCCGGAGAUGGAGGCGCUGCGCGCCGCGGGUCCCUGGCGGCUGCGCUUCUCGCCCUACGCCUUCAACGGAGGUACUGUAUUGGCAAUUGCUGGUGAAGACUUUUCGAUUGUUGCUUCUGACACUCGGCUCAGUGAAGGCUUUUCUAUUCACACUCGGGACAGCCCCAAAUGUUACAAGUUAACAGACAAAACAGUCAUUGGAUGUAGCGGUUUUCAUGGAGACUGCCUUACCCUGACAAAGAUUAUUGAAGCAAGACUGAAGAUGUACAAGCAUUCCAAUAAUAAGGCCAUGACAACGGGGGCCAUUGCUGCGAUGCUGUCUACCAUCCUGUACUCAAGGCGCUUCUUCCCAUACUAUGUCUACAACAUCAUCGGUGGACUUGAUGAAGAAGGAAAAGGAGCUGUGUACAGCUUUGACCCAGUAGGCUCCUACCAGAGAGACUCCUUCAAGGCUGGAGGCUCAGCAAGUGCUAUGCUGCAGCCCCUGCUCGACAACCAGGUUGGUUUCAAGAACAUGCAGAAUGUGGAGCAUGUGCCAUUGUCUUUGGACAGAGCCAUGAGGCUGGUGAAAGAUGUCUUCAUUUCUGCAGCUGAGAGGGACGUAUACACCGGGGAUGCCCUCAGGAUCUGCAUUGUGACCAAAGAGGGAAUCCGGGAGGAGACUGUUCCCCUGCGGAAGGACUGAUGAUGGGCUGUCCCUGGGGGCUGUUGGGCAAGGUCUUUUUAUUGUGAAAGAACCCUAAAGUACCUGUUCUGUUAAAAUGUGCUUUAUCUAAGGAGACAGAUUUAGAAAGUAGAAUUUCUUCUUUCAUUUUCUUCAUUCUCCCCACACUUGCCUGUCAUCCAGAGGUGUUGCUGAAUUUUCCCUCAUAUUUAUCAGCAAGGAAUUUGGAGAAAUCUAUCUUAUUGGCUAGCUUAUCUAAGGAACUGGGCUCUUGGUGUUUAUUUAGUUUACCCACUCACCUGAAGGAACUUUUAAGACCUUUUUUUUUUUUUUUUUUUUUGCAGUGCUGGGGAUUGACCCCAAGUCCUCAUGCAUGCAAGGCAAGCACUCUACCUCUAGGCUACAUCCCCAGCCCUUGUAGGGAUAUUUAAACUGCCCAGAAGGGAUGUUGUUUAUCAGGGUUUUAUUAAAACUUCAAUGUAUACAAGUGAUAUAGCUUAAAAUUUUCAUGCCUGGGAUUAUUAAGCAGGCAAUCUGAGAAAGCUGUGCUGUAAAAAAAAAAAAAAAAAAAGUCUUGAACCAGAAUUUCUUAAAAAUUGUAAAAGUGAGAAGCCUUUUACGUGGGCUUUAGCCAGAAAUCUGGGAUUUUUUUUUUUUUUUUUUUUUUACCCCAGAUCUUAUUAAAUAACUAUUUGGCUAAUAAUUAUAAAAACUUUAAAUAGUAAUCCCAAAUAGUAGAAGGCAGUUUUGGAGUAGUCUCACAAGUGCUUUGGUAAUGUUACAAUAGAGAGAAGGCUCGGGUAGAGGUAAGUGGUGGAAUGCUUGCCUAGCAUGCCACAGGCCCAAACCUAGAAUCCCAGUAUCACAAAGAGAGAGAGGACCCUAGGUUUUGAUAGAGCUAAAGACUUUUUUGUCUAAGAACUGUAAAGUGCAUUUUAACUUUGUUUUUA